GCCCUGGGGAAGACCCAGGACACGCUGGAGGGACUAUGUCUCUCGGCUGGCCUGGGAACGCCUCGGUGUUCUUCCCGAGGAGCUGACCGAGGUGUCUGGGGAGAGGGAAGUUUGGGCUUCCAUGCUUAGACUGCUGCCUCCGCGACCCAGUCCCGGAUAAAGCGGAAGAAGACGAGACGAGACUGUUCCUUCAGUCUUCAGUUUCCCAGCUCAUCUCCACCGGUUGCGGUGGGCAGUAUGGGACAGCACUUGGGGAAACGUGAGCCGUCACCUGAGUCCAAGACUCUGUCAGACCCAGCAUCUAGAACCACAGCGGACUCCGACUCUCACGACGAGGUCUUUGGCAUGAACAACUCGGACGUCAACCAGAACAAAAACCGUUCAAACAAAAGUGAGACGAGGGCAGGCUCUGCCCCCAAUGCCCCUCCCAGCACCGGACAGACCAAUCAGGCCGCUGGAUAUUGGCCACGCCCACACUUGGUCCGCCUUUUUUCCCGUGAUGCCCCGGGCCGAGAGGACAACACCUUCAAAGAGCGGCCGUCGGAGUCGGACGAACUUCACACCAUCGAGGAGGCCGGAGGAGCCACGUCUGAAAACGCAGAGUGA